AUCACUGGGCGGAGAACGUCUCGAACCUUGAGGGGAAUGGAGGCAAAAUGGGGUUCCGCCCGAAUAGGUGUGCAAAAUAAAGUCGCCAGUGAGUAAAGAGCCACAUUAAUAUAGGUUGGGUAUCGGAGUUGGAUUGUGCUCCAAGACAGCAGGUGUCGCUAUUGUAACGAAGUACAUCGUCCACGGUUUAAGGAUCCACAUUAUUUUUAAGCCGGUAGAAUUAGACAGAUUUCAACUAAAAUGUAUAAAAGCAACAUCUAGACUGUCGCAAUAACGUGUAAUAUGUCUAAACUACAGCUGUUAAAUGUAUUUGUUACCGAGCGUUUGUCUGCGGCUGCUGUGGAGAUAUUUGGGGCGGUGGAGAAGACCAUCGCAGUGUACCAGGAAGAAAUAUUUCGUGCAGCCGAAGAGAACGUCCGUCUACGGAAGCUGUUGGACAUGAGUAUCAAGCCAGAAACACAAUUACACAGCGAAGACCUCCAGCUUCUCACUCCAGUUGUUCCGCCAGAGCAGCAGAACUGUGAGCAGGAGUGGAGCUCCAGUCUAGGGCAGGAAGGCCCAGAGCUCAAACACAUAAAGCAGGAACAACAAAAGUUGAGACACAAUCAGAAGGACAAUCCCCAGCCCACACAUCUUCACCAAAACCAAACUGAGGAUGACAGAGAGUGUGGUGAUCUACUUAUCAUCAAAACAGAAGAGUUUCAAAUAGAACUUGAUAGAGAGAGCUAUGGCACACCAGAAACAACAAGUGAUCCGGCCCCCUCUGUUAAUCCAGAAGGCCCUGCAUCAGCGGAGAAACCAUAUCGGUGUAAACAAUGUGGUAAAGGCUUCACCCGCAUGGGCCACUUGACUAUUCAUUUAAGGAUACACACAGGAGAGAAACCUUAUCAGUGUAAAGACUGUGGUAAACGUUUCAACCGGAAGCAUGACUUAGGCAGACAUGCAAGAGUACACACAGGGGAGAAGCCAUGUCAGUGCAAAGAUGGUUACAGAGCCUGUAAACGAAAGAUGGACUUGACAUUGAAUAUGAGAUCUCAUACAGGAGACAGAACAUAACCGUAAUGUAUGCAGAAAAACUUAAGCUAUUUAAGAUAUCAGCUUGUUCACAGGGAAGAGACCCCACUAAUGAUAUGAAUGGGGCAAAGGUUUUAGUUUGAAAGGAGGCUUAGUGUCACACAAAAGCAAAUACAUAGUCCUGCAAUGAGCAUGGUAAAUGUUUCAGCCAAAAUUGAACCCUGAGAGAAGCAAUGAUAUGCUUCAUCAUUGUGAAUUUUUUGUUGAUUCCAACUUAUGUUCUGACAAAAUAACUAUGACUUGUUUUCUGUCAAAAUGAGCCGUUUCUGUAGAGGCGACAAUAAUGUGAAACACAUUUAUAAUAUUGAUUUACCGUUGUGCUUUCAGGAAGGCAAUGCUACUAUGUCUAGCAGAGAGCAUACACAUCAAUAUUUUCUUGGCUUGAAUUUAAAUUGUUUUAGAAUUACAGAACAUAUUGGCCAAUAUCUUACAUCUGUACUGAUAGCUACAUGUUAGAAUAUUGAACUAACCUAUUAAUUAAAUACCAUUAUAUACACUAGUCUCCAGAUUUGGGUCCUCUUAGUAAAACAAAAAAGGCUAUAUAAAUAAACAGUUUUAUGAGCUUGAUCUAACCUUCAAAUUGUAAGAGAACUUUACUCUUUUAUUGAGAUAUGUCACAACUCACAAGGAAGGAGACGGGCACAGAGGUUGAGGUGUCUUUUAAUGAGAACAAAAAAAAGAAAGAACCAAACAAAAACAGCGUGCCAAGCACUACAAAACUCACUCAUGACAUGCAUACACGAACAAUGACUGACAAGGACUGGGAGAACAUGGCUGAACUAAAUACAGUCUAUGAGGAGAACUGAAACAGGUGGGAGCUAAACACAGGUGAAAGGAAUAGACUGAUAAACUGAAACAAGAACAGGAAGGACCAUACAAGGACAAGACAAGCCAAGGACAAACAGAAAACACGAAGCGGAACGGUCCCAUCAGGCUGGGACAAGAUAAACAUUUUCAGAUUAUAAGAACAAUAUUAAUCAGAUUUAUAAAUCUCUGUAUUUCAGCAGUUGUCACAAAGUGCAUAUUCAAAUACCCUAGAAGAAAUAACAAGAAAAUGAUGCGUAAUGGAUUAGAAAAAAAACUCCCUGUUAGGGGUCUCAACCUAGGAAGAAACCUAGAGAGGACCUGGAUUCUGAGGGGUGGCAAAUGCUCUUCUGGCUAUGCUGAGUGAAGUUUAUACGAGCAGGUCAAUAAAUACAAGUGGGGUGUGUCCAGAUCAGCCACAUUGUAAUCUUGACACCCCUAGGAAUUCUUAUUAACCAAAUCUAAUAGAAGUAUCUUCACAUGAGAAACAAAGUGAUUUACCUUCAAAAAGUAGGCAAUGAAACACUAGCUACACCGUAAUAUUCCGUAUUAUACCAAAUUAUACUGCGACGCAACCGCUAAAUGACAAGUUUCAAGGUUUAUUUCUCAAAUGCACCGAACAACACAGCGUCAUCCUGCACAAUGACAUUCUUGUGACAUGG